GCUCUUAACAAGCUGGUUUAAGGGUUUGAGGCACUUGUGUUGUCAAGGGAAAAGCUUUUAAGGCUUAUAUAUGAAGAAAUUCAGUGAUGAGGUACGCCUGAGUAGUAUAUUAUGUUGAAAGCACGCGCUGCUUUGGUAACUUUGAGAGGCGUGCUCGGUUCUCCGGUGUUCAGUGCUGCUGAGGAGACUCUGCUGUAACCCCGCAUAGGCGGGACGAGUAGAGGCGGCUGUCGCCUGCGGCUUUCUGCUCGCACCAUCGGAAUUAGUGACGCAAGUGAAUAUUCACCACUUUCCCUUUUAGUUUCCGGGAACGAGUACGAGGUUUAUUGUCGCCUGUCCUGAUCAUUUCAGUAAUGCGAGUGUGAGUGGAUGUGUGCACUCUUAAAGCGCUCUUUCACUGAACUGCUUGAAGUGAGCGGCUCUGCAGCGCGCUCAUUACUAAUCUCUUUAACGCUACAACAAGCAUCGGAGGAGAAGAUACACGAUCACAUUAAGGAGAAUUAAAUCCCAUGGAAGGAUAUCUGUGAGAAUGAACCUCAGUGCCUGAAAGUGGACUCCUGCUUUUGGGAGUAUGGUCUACUUGAAAGCGUCUGUCAUAACGAACAUGUCAGAAGAUCAGAUCAACUGCACCAUCAACCACCAAAUUCACCAAUACCUCUUUUCCAGCACCUACAUCCUGGUCUUACUGGUGGGAUUUCCUACCAAUGCCUACUCUCUCUACCAUGCCUGGCUUCAGCUGAGGGCUCGCAAUGAGCUGGGGGUCUAUCUGCUUAACCUGACCGUGUCUGAUCUCCUGUACCUAGCCUCUCUACCUGUCUGGCUGCAGUACUUCUUUUACGGAGAUGACUGGAUAUAUAGUGAGUGGGCCUGCAAAGUGUGUGGCUUUCUGCUGUAUGACAACAUCUACAUCAGCAUAGGGUUUCUGUGCUGUAUUUCAAUAGAUCGUUAUCUGGCUGUAGUCUACCCUCUCCGCUUCUCCUCACUCCGCACUAUGAAAGCAGCAGCACUAGUCAGUGUCAUAGUGUGGCUUAAGGAACUUGCCGUAGGCAUCGUCUUUUUCCAACACAAGGAGCUGAGCCAAGACGAGACUAACCAGUCGGUGUGCUUCGAGCACUAUCCCAUGCAGAAAUGGGAGAUUCCCAUAAACUACUAUCGUUUCUACGUGGGCUUUUUGUUUCCGUUAGGAAUCUUGUCCAUCUCGUACUUUCGGGUCUUACGGGCUGUUGGCAAGAGUGCAGGGACGCAGACGGCCCAGAAAAAACGCAUCAAAAGCCUGGUCACCAUCACCAUCAUCAUCUUCCUGGUGUGCUUUUCACCAUACCACAUUUUGUUGCUGGUGCGGACGCUGCUGGAGAAAGAUUGCCAGUUCGUCGUGAAGAUUUUUGAUUAUUACCACUUCUCGCUCUUGCUUACUAGCUUCAAUUGCAUAGCUGACCCUGCACUUUAUUGCUUUGUCAGCGAAAGUGUCCAGAACAGCAUCCAACAAGCUGCAGAGGCUUGUACCCACAUUGUCUGCUGCUGCUCCAAACACGAGAGCAGCUACAAAACCGAUUCAACACAAGAUGCAGCAGCACCUACUGACAAUGGCACAGGCAUCUCUGUGGUCAAACUGCUGCAGCAAACCAAGAUAGAACUGUGAAGACUCUGAGUUUUUUAAAAAUUAAAUUAUAUAAUUUGCCAAAGCGUGUUAUUUUUGUGUAUUGCAGUAUACUUUGCUAAUGCCUUAUCUACACUAUAUGCUUGAUUUUGUCUUUGUUUGUUUUUUUUUUUUUAAAUAUUUUUAUACCAGGUUUAAUGAUGUGUAAUUCUCAGGGACUAAUGGUUGAUAUUCAAGUUUUGAGAAAGGGAUUAGAUUAUAAAGGGUGAGACUAAGCCAGUUGAUAAAGUUUAUAGAGUUCCUUCAGUGUAAGUAACAUGAAGUACUCAGCAGAAAGACAAUAGACGAGCUGGUUUCUCAUUUGCAAUAUGUUUACACUCUAGUACAUACUACCUGUUAAUGCAUGUUUUGAAAUAUAUGCAUUGUAUUCUGUGUACAUGAGAAAUUCUUUUUAUCCAAAAAAUUUCUAGAUGUUUAGAGAUACUAUUUCAUUUUUAUGUUGCAUUUUCUAGUAUCAGGGGGAUAUGCUGGCUGUAGUGGUUCGCAUGUUUGCCUCACACCUCCAGCAUUAGGGGUUUGAUUCCUGCCUCCACCCUGUGUGCAAAGAGUUUAUAAGUUCUCCCUGUGUUUCAGGGGUCUCCUCUGGUACAAGAUAUGCAUUGUAGGCUGAUUUGCAUCUCUAACUAUAGUGUCUGAAUGAGUGUGUGAUUGUGCAUUGGAUAGGUUGCCACCACAUCCAUAGUGGCCCAUGCCCCGAGUCUUCUAGGAUAGACUCAAGACUUAAGUGUAGGAUAAGAUUUACAGAAAAUGGAUUGGUUUUGAAUAUUUAAUGUGUUUACUGUGGUGCUGAGGCAUCAGUAAGUAUACUUUCAGUGUGUUAAUCUACAAUAUUUACAACCUGAUCAGUAGAUGCAGUCACGUACAGUAUGUGCAUUAAAGUGUGUGUCUCAAUAACCUUUGUGCUUCUCUAACUUUAUUGAAAUCGCAAACAUGUUAUGGAAAUGUUUGAUAUAUUCUCCACGAGAACUCCUACCCUUCAAAGAUCGCCAAGUUUGAUAGGAUCAUCGAAACCAGCAGUGACUGGUACAGAAAGAUCUCCCAGAUUUAAGAGUUUGCAUAUCAACAGUAUCGUCUGUCACUUUAUUUUAAUAUUUAGCUUCUUUUUAGCCUAUUAACUGUAAACUGACAUAACAGUGUUAACUAAAUGUUUAAUUCGCCUCAUUUGUAAAAAAAAUCUCAGCUUCACUUCUGCUUUAGACACAAAGAUGCUUUAGACACCAAGAUAGUUGCACAGAUAGCGAGAUGAGAGAUCAGUUUAGAUUAAACUUACCUCACACAACCACAUGCAGUCGGUUGCAAUACACAGAAAAAUGAAACAACGUUCCUACAGGACCAGUGUGCUACAUGAAACGCAGAACCAAAUACACGACACCGUACUACAUAAAGUGCAUGUCUGUGAACAGUUCUAGCCAGUACAAUAUCAUACAGGGGCAGUGUAGAGACAACCAGUACACUGCUUUGUAAUGAAUAAAGUGCAAACCUAUGUACUGGUUGGCUUUGCCCUAUCCCUUUUUUAAUUAUUAUAUUGUACUGUCUUGCACUGUUUGCACUCAUGCACUUUAUAAAGUGAUGUAGUGUAUCUGUAGUGUGUUGUUUCUUGUAAUUCUGUGUUUUAUGUAUAGCAUCAUGGUUCUGGAUGAAUGUUGUUUAAUUGUAAUGUCCAUUGUACCAGCUGUACCCGGUGGAAUUGACAAUAAAUUCUUCUUGACUUGCUAAUAAGAUAAGAAGAUUUUGCCAGCUGCUUUCAGACCCUUCAGGGAAUCAGGGAAAGGACUGAAAUUUGUAAAAGAUUUUUUUAAACAGGUAACAGAAACAAAACGUUCAACCAAGCAUGGUGUGGACGCUGCUGGAGAAAGAUUGCCUGUCCGUUGAGAAGAUUUUUGAUUAUUACCACUUCUCGCUCUUGCUUACUAGCUUCAGUUGGUCAUAGCUGACCCGGCACUUUAUUGCUUUGCCAGCGAACGUGUCCAGAACAGCAUUCAACAAGCUGCAGAGGCUUGUGCCCACGUUGUCUGCUGCUGCUCCAAACACGAGAGCAGCUACAAAACCGACUCUGUUAGCACUUGUGGUAAUUUCCUGUUUUCGACCAUUAACCAUUAGGUGCAGUAAUAACUCUAUAAAAGCUAAGUGGGGGAUGUGACGUCAUUGCUCUUCUUUAAGGAAUGAAUCUGAAAUCUGUCAAAAAGCAACUUGAAAUCUGCUGUCAUUAUUAUUUAUACAGAAUUUUAAAAUUGAUCUGGUUUUAUAAAAAUGAAUAUUUGUUGAAUUAAGUAAUACUAGACUAGCAAGAGUUUAAGCUCAAUAUUGUAGGUAUUCACAGCCAUGCUAAUAUUCAUUAUAAACACAUUGAUUAAAGGUGCAAUAUUGCUCUUAUACAACAGUUCUAUAAUUAAUACAGAAAUGAAUAUAGGGUUAGUGAAACAUUUUGCCCUACCAGUGGAAAUAGACCCAAAGAAGCCAUACUCACUUUAUAGCAUGCUGGCUAGCUGAGGCAAUCAUAUUGAUUUGUACUUUCCUGAUAAAGAUGCUACAAAAAAGUGAAAAAUUUAUGUCCCGUCAUUUCAUCUUCACCUGAAGAGUUUAUGCUCUGCUUUUAAAUUAGGAAUUAUAUUCCUUACGUGAUUUUAUUAUUGUCUAAUUAGCGUUUUUUACUCACUUACAAUAGUUAAAAUUUGUCGCACUGAAGUCAACACAACAGUUUCUAACGUUUGUAUGAUAAAAAUCUCAGGAUCUUAUAUACAACAUGAUAAUACAAAGGGGUUCAUUGUGAAAAAACUCACUAUACGUGGUUAAUAAUGUUAGUAGGCAGUUACAUGAGAGAAUAUUAAAGCUCUUUUAGUCAUCGAACAUCCCUGCUGCACACUUCCAACACUCUAUAGUCUACAAUGCUCACAACGUGUGAACACAGCAGUCAUGUGCACUACAGAGUGUCACAUACGUCAUUGCAAUCUUUCUGCAUUGCUGCAGGGAAUAUGCAAUCUGUGUGAUUUGAGACUUCUCUAAAAUUUACUCCACCCUGAUACAUGCUUUCUAAUGUUAGUGGUGUGGUGUGUUGCCAGGUAGACACUGCCUUCAAUCAUUGCACAAUCUGACAUACUCACAUAGUUCUGACUUUUUAGUUAGGAGAGAAAAAUGAUUCAUCUUGUCUUAACGUAAUGUUAACACUUAAUAAUGAGUAAAGUGACAGAAUAAAGGGUUUCCAUAUUACUGCAGGUGUGCCAAAUAUUUUAGCAGCACAUGAUUCACAGAAUAUCCCUGUGUGUGGUCAGACAUUCCACACAAAUUUCCUAAGUUUUAUGUCAGAUCCCCUAAAAGGAGGGAAUCAUUUCUUGUCUUAACUGUACCUGGACUGUUGAUUUUAUUUUCUUAAACAUAAUCUUUUGUGUGUUGAGAUUUGUGGUUUUAAAGACCAGCAUGAAGGGCAAGAAAAUCACUUACUUGCAGAUGAUAAUGUUCUCAGCCAUGAAAGAGUGGCAUGCUCUCUUCAGUUGAGUCUGGUGGAGGAAUUUAAAUACCUUACAAUGUUAUUUCAGAUGUUAUUGUAGAAGGACAGAAAGAUGGGUGGAGUGAUGGAGGAAGAUGGGAGCGAUUUUUUUGGAAUCGUAGACCCACUUGUUAAGAUAUUAAGAUUAAAUCUUACUCUGCAUGAGUACUUCAUUUUUUAUUCGUAUAGCGCUUUUAACAAUGGCUAUUGUCUCAAUGCAGCUUUACAGAACAUAUGAAAUAUAGAACAAAAAGUUCAAGAUUAAUAAUAGAUUUAUAUCUUCAGUGAUUUCUAUUUUGCCAUAAUGAGCAAAAUAGACUCCAUUUGAUUAGGAAGAAACCUUGAGAGGAACCAGACUCAUGUAUGAUGAAGCUGAGUAUCAUGUAAGACAAAGUCUGAAAGCUGAAUUGUACAGUGGACAUGGUUAAAUGGUAAAUCCUGAGUUUAUUUGGUUAUAUAUUUAUUUAAAUACAGGCUUAUUCAGCUCUUUUGAA